AUGGCCCUGAAGCGCAGAGAUGUAGUCCUCGCCGCCGUCGCCACAUUCAUCGCCUGGGGAUACCUCACCCACUGGCAGCCGAAGCUGCACUACCUGCCCUAUGCCUUCGUCGCCGGCGCAUUGGCUACGCUGGCCGCAGGAGCUUGGCUGACCUUCACCACUGCCUGGAGUAAGGAGUUACACUACACAGAGACUGGGUAUGGAGCUCGGCAUGCUGCGUUCAUCAGGCCAGAGCGAUGGGCGGCGGAGGUGGCUGCGCUCAACAAGCGCAACGAGUACAUGAUGGAGCCCAUAUACCCCGCCUCGUUCGUACUGUCGGACAGCCUGGACGUACUGAUAGGCUUGAUACUACGGGACUUCGUCAAGGGCUGGUACGGCAGUAUCAGCAAAAGCCCAACCUUCGUCAACGAGGUCGACCGAGCGAUUCGCGGCGCGCUUGGCGAGAUCCGAGACCACAUUCUCGCAGUAGACGUGGUCGAGAUGGUCGUGUCACGCAUCAUACCUAUAAUCACCGACCACUUGCGCGCGUCGUACGAAGCCGAGCAAAUCGUGCGCGGACGAAAGUUGAUGCGCAAUGUCACUGAGAGCGAGGAGCUGGACCUUGCGAUUGCGGCCAAGUACAAGGAUGGCCGUCUACAUCCAGCUGCAUCGCUAGCAUAUUCGAACACGAAGCCGAUUCAACAGCAACAUCUACGCAGCCUCAUCUCCCGUAUACUGCCGAAGAUCAUGUCGCCCAGCAUGAUGACUAGUCCGGCGGUCACCGUCCUGAUCAAGGAGCUAGUGUCCUGCGCCGUCUUGUCGCCUAUCAUGCAGAUGGUCGCUGAUCCAGACAUGUGGAACCAGCUGAUGGAGGGUUAUGGUCGCACACUGCUCCAAGAGCGUAAGACAGUCCGCAAACUUCGCGCCGCUCUUGAUCAGCAGACGCCGCCCUCGCCCAAGAUUCCCAGAAAUGUGCAGUUUCCAAAGCUUGCGCCUGGUGACAACGAACGGCGCUUCGAGAAGUUCAUACGCGCAAUCCGACAGACAAAUACCCUGGCCGAUGCCCGUCGAUUCCGCAGCGAGAUCUCGAGUCAGUUGCGAAAAGACUCACAAAUUGAGGGGCAGGAUGCGGUGUAUCUGCGGCGUCUUGAGACGGCGCGCAGUAUACUGGAUCAAAAGGUCGCAAACUUGAGUGCUGGCGGCUCGGUGCGAGCUAAAGUGGCAGCCAAGGAGAAGCCCAAACAUAAGCGCACAUCGUCCAGAUUCGCCAAUGCAUCCCUUCGGGAAGUGCUGUACGAUGCUUCUGGCCUAUCUUGCUUCAUGGAGUUCAUGGAUCAAGCAGACUUGAUGCGGCUGGUGCAGUUCUGGAUCGUUGUCGAUGGGUUUCGUAAUCCACUUGAGGACGAAUUGGACGAGGAGGCUGAUAAGAUUAACGGCCCAUUGCCGUCUUGGACGGAUUCAGACCGUGCCGAUAUUGCGCAGAUUCAUGACGCGUAUCUUUCAAAAGCAGAGAUGAAGAUACUACCCGAAGCUAAAGAGGCGGUCUUGAAAUUUCUCAAAGCCGGACGCGUGGCCACUCCGCAGCAGUAUCACGAUGCACGACGCUCCCUACUCCGGGCCCAGACUGAUGCCUACGAUCAGCUGCAGGAGCCGUACUUUAGACGGUUCAAGAGGUCGAAUCUGUACUACAAAUGGCUCGCGAUGGACGAGGCUGCGAAUCCUAGCAGAAACAUCGGCACUCAAUCAAUCGCGCAAACUCUGGACAAUCCUUCUACCGCAGCGCCUGCAAUGAUGAGGUCGCAGUCAUCGCAAAGACCCAUGCUCAAGCUUCCGACAGGAGACCUUCGGCGUGCCGUAGCUUCAUCAUCUGACCUCAAGAGCCAGAACAUGAUGAAGGAUUUCGAACCGCCGCUCAGACGGUCGCUAGACAUGCAAUCCCCCAACACACUCCGUUCUCCACUGUUCGACGAUGACUACGACACUGAUACGAUGGCACAGUCGACUGCAAGCUUAGACUCUGACUAUGGUCAGACCCAUACCAACGGUAACAAUAGUCAGGUUGUGGAUGCUAUGCAUGCUGCAUUGACAGAUAUCAUGGACGAACCUGAAGGCUCACUUUUUCAUGAUCCAAAUUUGAAAUCACCUCAAGACAUUGGCUCCCGAAAAGGAUCAGUUGAAAUACCAAGAGCCUUUUCGCCACGACCACAGAUGCAAAAUAGAAAGGAAAGCGAGAAGCCGAGUAUAGCAUCGCUGGGACUUGUUGGUGCACCACGGACGCGCGGUGUCUUCAACGACGAUCUUUUUGGCGAUGAGGAAAAAUUUCUUGAAGACGAGGUUGAAGACCCGACCUCUAUCGCUGUCAAGACAGAUGAAGAAGACAUCCAUGAGGCUGCUCCCGGAGACCUGGGCCUUGCAGAAGCAAUUGAUGCACUGACCGCGGACAUUGAGCGGUUAGUGACACAAGAGUCAAUCGUAGACUCGCUCACCAGCAAGGCGGAAUUGACGAAUAAUGCUGCGGAGUUGAGGAUCCUGAGAAAGAGCAAGGCCAGUUUGCAUAGAGAGAUACAGAGAAAAGAGCUGCAGCGGCAACAGUACAUUGUUCAGGAGAGCGAUAAUAGUUUGUACGGACGCGCUACGGUGUUCAUACAGUCUAUCAUGGUGGGCACUGAAGAGGAUGGCAAGGAGUAUGCUAUGUAUGUCAUCGAGGUCAAACGCAGAGCAGGUGACCAGAUGCCGGCUGCAACAUGGGUGAUCUCCCGUCGCUACAGCGAGUUUCACGAGUUGCAGAAAAAUCUUCGCGCCAAAUUCCCGCAAGUCAGACACCUUGAAUUCCCCCGCCGCCAGAUGAUGCUCAAGCUUCAAAAAGACUUUCUGCACAAGCGCCGCCUAGGCCUUGAGAAGUACCUUCGAGAGCUCCUUCAGAUACCAUCUGUGUGCCGAUCACGCGAACUUCGCUCCUUCUUAUCGGCAUCCGCAAUCAACCCAGCAGACACCCUGAAGAACCCUGUGGAAACUAAUGAUUUCGUCUCUCGCAUCUACAGUUCGGUAGCUGAUGGCAUGGAAGAGUUUCUGGGCAAUAUUCCAGUCCUAGACCAGUUAUCAGUCGCGGGCCAAAACCUCAUAUCAGCAGCCACAACACAACUCGCAGCAAACAAUCAGCCUGGCGAUCCCACCGCUCCGCCAGGCUUCGAAGCAGGUCUCGGUGUGGGAGAUGCAGAAGCCGAGGCAGAACUGUUGGCCUUCGAGAGUAAAGAGUUUGAGCCGCUGGUAAAACCAAUCUGCGACCUGUUCCUCGAGGUGUUCAAUUUGAACGCACAGAAUAACUGGCUCCGAGGACGCGCAGUUGUCGUGGUUCUACACCAGCUACUCGGAGGCACUAUCGAGCGCAAGGUUCGCGAGUCCUUCACCUCCUUCACCUCUGGGAACGCCAUCGCAGGGUACGUGGACAAGCUCGCCGAUACGAUGUGGCCUGGUGGCCGCAUGAAGCAGCCUGACCCCAAUGCGCAGCCUCGCACGCAGAAAGACAAAGAUAAGAGCAGAAGAGAAGCCAAGGCGGUACUUGAGACUCUUAUCCCGGAGCUGGCGAGUAGUGUGGUCGGAAGGGGCAAUGCGGUCACGGCGGCUCGAAGGCUGGAAGGGAUGAUCAACAAUGAAAGGUUGAAUACACAUUUAGUGUUCACGAUUGUGGAUGAGGUUGUGGGGGUGUUGUUCCCCGAUGCGUAG